AUGUCAUCGAGAAGUAGUACCGCUAGUCGGCCACGUCUUUGUCGAUCGGAUCAUCAACCAAAUAUGCUUGAAUAUAUUGAUACAACACUAAAUGAUUCGUUUUCAUCACGUUUAAAAUUACAAGUGACAACACCGACAAAUACAACAAAUCCUAAUACAUUUCCAGCGAAUGGCUAUGAUCAAUUCGGUAAUACAGUUAUUGAUCAAUAUCUUCUUUAUAUUCUAUGUCAAAAAUUAACUCCAAAUCGAACUGACACUAGAACUAAAGAUCUAUAUCAAUCAUUACAUAGAUUGUUUGUGACCAAUGGCAAAAUAUCGAAAUCAUUUUUUGAAUAUUCACCACCGCCGAUAAAUCGUUCGAAUUAUCAAUCUCUCUUUAAUAAUUAUACUAAUUUUAUUUGGAAUGAAUUUGAUGUUGACGUUUUACUCGAACUUGGCAAGUAG